AUGGCCAAACGUUCUCGUGACACCGAUGCCAACCCCCAGGAAAAACGGACCACAGAACCCCCAGUCAAGAAGAGGAAAGGCUUCUCAGUUGGUCCUGCAAACCUGCCUGAUGGCACCUACCGUCGUAAAGCCCAAAAGAUAAAGUCUGACCUGAUCCAAAAGGCCAAAGUAAAAAAGGCCUAUGCCAAAAUCAAAGCCAAGGAACUCGCGUCGGCACCUAAAAGACCAAUUUAUGCGGCCGAGGAACAUGCGGAGGGUGAAAUCACCAGUGAUAACAUCGUUGAUCCUGCACCGGCGUCUUUGGAGCUACAUCCAGAUCGACAGGCCAUGCUGAACGAGCCCGUGCCGGAACGACCACCCAGACCUGAACGGUCACAGGACCAUAACCCCCGUGGACGCCGAAACAGAAGAAAACCCAAGCUGUCCGCUUUCGCGAAGGAAAUGGAGAUUGCGGAAAAGCGCAGGAAAGAGGCGGAGAGGCGCAGAGAAGAACGGGAGUUUAAGAUUAAAGACCGUGAGGCCAUGGCCAGGGCGAAGAGGCCUGCUCCGGACGGCAAAAGAAAAUUGGGCCGGGAGAGCAAGGUCUUGCUCAACAGGAUUCAACACAUGGUGGGUCAAACGUAG